UGAGGGAGUGUGAGGGCCGUGAGGGCCGUGAGGGCCGCGAGGAGGCCUGAGGGCCGCGAGGAGCCCUGAGGGGCCGCGUCUCGCCGCCGCCGCCGCCGCCGCUCGGGCCGGGCAUGGUGUUGGGCGCCGGGCGCGCCUCGCCUGUCUCCGGGGGCCCAGGGCGAAGGUGGCAGGGAUGCUCACCCUGGCCAGCAAACUGAAGCGGGACGACGGUCUCAAGGGGUCCCGGACGGCAGCCAGCGCCCCGGACUCCACCCGGAGGGUUUCAGUGAGAGACAAGCUGCUUGUGAAAGAGGUUGCAGAACUUGAAGCUAAUUUACCCUGUACGUGUAAAGUGCAUUUUCCUGACCCGAACAAGCUGCACUGCUUCCAGCUCACUGUCACCCCAGAUGAGGGUUACUACCAGGGUGGAAAAUUCCAGUUUGAAACUGAAGUUCCCGAUGCGUACAACAUGGUGCCUCCCAAAGUGAAAUGCUUGACUAAGAUCUGGCACCCUAACAUCACAGAAACAGGGGAAAUAUGCCUCAGUUUACUGAGAGAACACUCGAUUGACGGCACUGGCUGGGCUCCCACAAGAACAUUAAAGGAUGUUGUUUGGGGAUUAAACUCUUUAUUUACUGAUCUUCUGAAUUUUGAUGAUCCACUGAAUAUCGAAGCAGCUGAACACCACUUACGGGACAAGGAGGACUUCCGGAGCAAAGUGGACGACUACAUCAAGCGUUACGCCAGAUGACGAGGAGGAGUUCAGGCGCACAGCAUGUGCUGCCAUUGGAGCGACAGUGUGUCUCGAACGUGAAGCAGCCCACGGCAGCCCCUCCUCCCCGUCCUCACGCUCCCUCUCAGGCCCCUGGACUGUCCCCGUCCUGUGGCCGUGUUGUCCUCAGAAGAUCAGCUUCAUGACUGCCCAUUGUAGAUGGAGAAUGCAGCAUAAAUACAGCAAGAAAAUGUG